CAGCCAUUGUCACAACAUUGAAAAAUGAGCGAAGAGCUCGAUCUCGCCAAGCCGCUGCGCAAGUUGGCAGAAGUCGACGUAGCAGCAACCAAAACCGACGUAGAGACAGCCGAACGGCGUUGGCAGGCGCGAUCCGAGCGGAGACACAAGGCAGCAGCCAAAGCCAACGCCGCUGCUGGCACAUCCACCACUGCGCAGCGAGCCAAAGCCACGCAAAAGUCGUCAUACCCGGCGCCAGAGACCACGCGCACUGAAGCAUGGGCGAGGUCGAUGGACGAGUACUUUGCGCGGCAUAGCAUGCCUGUGCGCACGAGGUAUAAUCCACAAUCUGGGUACGGCUUGGUCGCAACAAGGCCAAUACGGCGAGGCGAAGUGGUUGUGCGCGAGUGCAUCUUCCUUGGUACGGUGUGCGAGAAUGUCAAGGACCGAGUUUGUUCGACGUGUUUCCGGCAUGUGUUGGCACAGCCGAAAGACCGGUUUCGAGCAGCCCGUCUGCCCAUUUCACCAGAGUCGCAGCCUCCACUCGAAGGGAAUGACAGCGACCCAUGUGCGCUCACCGUGCGCUGCGAAAAGUGCGUGCAAGUGUACUUUUGCUCGACGGCCUGCCGCGACGAAAGCAAAGCUAGGGAUUUACACUCUGAGAUCGAAUGCAAUGCGUUGGCGUUCCUGGGCACCGAUGCAAUCCACCCGAACGACGUCAUCAGUGAUCUUCUCCGCCAGGCCAUUCGCAUUCUUUCCAUCCGUGCCAAACGAUUGCAGCUGCUCCCACUUCCCGGCGAGCCUCAGCUUCGAAACUCGUACGAAAACAUUGCCAAGAAUCUCGCGUACAGUCCCACUCUUGCGGAUGACAACGAUCACACGUUGAAGUUUGUCGUGAAAUUUGCCAACGAGCUAGUGCCAGCCGCAGUGCGCAUCCCCGGACCCGAGUUUCUCAACAUUUUUCACCGCCAUCAGUGCAACGCAUUCUCCAUGCUCGGGCCGGGUCGGAUGGACACAAUGUACGGCGCAUACACGGCAUGCUGGCAUCUGAUGAAUCACUCGUGCGCGCCCGUUCUGAUGCGCGAGCACCAUGCAUUCCACCGACCUCUAGUGGACGGCUUGCCGCACUUUGAAGCGCGCGCUGUGAUUGAUGUGGCUGAAGGAACGGAAAUCACCUGGUGCUACUCGAACAUUCGAAACCCCAAGGCGGAGCGCCGAGAGCAUCUUCGUCAGUUUUACGGAUUCCUGUGCGAGUGUCCACGAUGCACGGGUCCCGACGAGCGUCGGGUGCUCGAGGGCUUUCCGGAACACCGACGCAUGCUUUGCAGACGGCACAACUGCGGCUUUGUCAUGCCCGGCGACCCGUCUGCCGAAGAUGAUGGCAUUCUUGGCUACUGCAAUCAGUGCGGGCUUGUUCGCCGUGCUGGAGAUGACGAUGUGGACGAAGACGACAAUGUCGAUGCCGCUCAGCAAGGCCAUUGUUAACAAAUCAUUUUGGGUUUGCGACUGUUGCUGCUGCUGUUGUUGUUGGUACUGUACUUUGCCCUUUUUUUUGUUUUUUUUGUUUUGCCUUUGAUAAAUGACG